AAAGACAGACAGGGAAGGAGGGAAAAAGAAGGAGAUGGCACUUUAAAAGCUGGCCCUGGCAAUGAUCACCAGAGCAGCCCUGAGGAACCUGCCGGUGCCCCCUCCUCAGCCAUCACCCAGCCAGUGAGCCUCCUCGAUGGAAGAAGAUUUUGGAAGCCCCAAUGCCAGUGUGAUUGGGGAGAGGUCUCUCCCUGGCGGGAGCAGCUGGGUGGCCGCCUUCCUCUGCUUCAUCAUCCUGCUGACUGCCGUGGGGAACUUCCUGCUCAUCCUGCUCAUCUUCACGCAGCGCUCCCUGCGCAACACCUCCAACUACUUCUUGGUGUCCCUCUUCAUGGCCGACCUCAUGGUCGGCUUGGUGGUCAUGCCGCCAGCCAUGCUGAACCAGCUGUAUGGCCGGUGGGUGCUGGAGGGUGAAUUCUGCUCCAUCUGGUACGCCUUUGACAUCAUGUGUUGCAGCGCCUCCAUCCUCAACCUGUGCGUCAUCAGCCUGGACAGGUACCUGCUCAUCAUCUCCCCGCUCAAGUACAAGCUGCGGAUGACCUCCUGCAGGGCCGUCUGGCUCAUCUUUGCGACCUGGACCUUAGCCGCCUUGGCCUCCUUCCUGCCCAUCAAGAUGGGGUGGCACGAGCUGGAGUUUGAGAUCACACCACUCAACAUCACCUCCCACAUGGAAGAGGACCAGUGCAGGCUCCUGGUCAGCUUGCCUUUUGCCCUGAUAGCCUCCUGCCUGACUUUCUUCCUCCCAUCUGUGGCUAUUUCCUUCACCUAUUGCCGGAUCCUCCUGGCAGCCAGGAAGCAAGCGGUGCAGGUGGCGUCGCUCACCACCAACGUGACCUCCACCUCAGAUGAUCCCACACAACAGGUCUCCAGAGCCCAGAGCCAAUCAGCGGCCACGAGCGAGAGCAGGAAAUUUGCCAAUAAGCACAGCAAGAAAGCCUUGAAGGCCAGCCUGACCCUGGGCAUCCUGCUUGGCAUGUUCUUCGUGGCCUGGCUCCCCUUCUUUGUGGCUAACAUGGCACAAGCAGUAUGUGACUGCGUUCCUGCUGGCUUCUUUGACGUGCUCACCUGGCUUGGUUACUGCAACAGCACCAUGAACCCUAUCAUCUACCCGCUCUUCAUGAGGGACUUCAAGAGAGCCAUGGCUAAGUACCUGCCCUGCUGCCGGCGCUCGUGGGAACGCAGGCCCAGUGCCAUCUCCCUGUCCAUGAGGAACUCCAACAGCGGGCAGCGGUUGGGGAUGUCCCUCAAGAAUGUCCUCACUUUGCAGGGUGAGACUGACUCUGUGGACUCGGUCAUCCAAGUGAACGAGCACAUCUUUCUGCCCGCUUGCAAAGACCAUCACUUGGAGUCCAUCCCAGUCACCGGGGCCGAUUCAGUCAACCUAUCUGACUUGGACCACACAGACCAGGAGCUGCAGAUCAAUCAACUAAACACUCCCAUGGAUUGACCGAGGUGCUUGGACAGGAACAAAAGAUGGCUGGGGAGAGCUCGUUAUGGGGUCUCCCAAUUGACAAACUAGCCAUAUGCUGCCUAAUGGUACCUGCUGCCAUAUGGUGGGGCCCCUGAGGACAAAGGCAGAGAUGGAGGAGUAGGUGGCGCUGUGUGUGCGUGUGCAUGUAUAUGUAUAGGUACAGGGACCUCUUGAACCAAAACGGACUGUACAGACAUCCCACAGCAUUGAUUUACCAUGAUAUAUAGCCCCCUGCCACCCUGCAAACAAAUCACUGGGUUCUUUGACAGCUUAGCUGCAGGAAGGGAAAUGUAUCUCCUCUUUGUGUGGAAGUCGCUAACCAUUUCUUCAUCUGUUACAGUUUGGGCUUGUUUAAAAAGGUGAACCCACAUUUUAUUGCUGAAUUGCUGGUCUCUCUGUACUUGCUUUCUCACUGCUGCUACUCCCUGCUCCUUAUCUGUGAACCAUGAAGCAGCCCAAGUGCUCUUAGAGGCUGAACUAGGCAUGAAGUGCCUGGGUAUGAUGCUUUUAGUAUCUCUGAGUUAAGAAAACAGUGGUGAUAUUUUCCCUUCUCUUGAUCAGAAUGUAGAAUUUGAAAUCAGCCCACAGCAAAAAUGAAGAGGAUGAGAAAAAAGCUGAACUGGAUCUAGCAGGCAAAGGAAUCCAAGAAGAGCCCAGUGCUGCCUCCUGACAGAGAGCAAUCUCUGCUCCGUGCCAGUCCCUUUCAUACUGGUACACAAGGUUUGAAGGAUGUCUGGAAAACUCUGGGAUGCUGGAUUCUCUUGUUCUGUUCUGAAAGCCCAAGUAAAGGGGGCACUUUGAGGGUGAGCCUUUAAAGGGCAAAAGCCAGGCUGCUACUCUGACCCUGCAAGCCCCAGCUGCCAGACUAGUG